CGUUCUUCUGCCGGCUACAAGAAGGCAGAGGAUGAGAUGUCCCGGGCUACGUCUGUUGGAGAUCAGCCGGAGGCACCGGCCCGCACCAUUUCCCUCAACCAACCGCAACUCAACAAAUUCCGCGACAACCAGAUCAGUACGGCCAAGUACAGUGUGUUGACAUUUCUACCUCGAUUCUUGUAUGAGCAGAUUAGAAGAGCUGCUAAUGCCUUCUUCCUCUUCAUUGCCUUAUUACAGCAAAUUCCAGAUGUGUCUCCCACAGGAAGAUACACCACCCUGGUGCCAUUGAUUAUUAUCCUAACAAUUGCAGGCAUCAAAGAGAUUGUAGAAGAUUUUAAACGACAUAAGGCAGACAAUGCAGUUAAUAAGAAGAAAACAAUAGUGUUAAGAAAUGGUAUGUGGCACACCAUUGUAUGGAAAGAGGUGGCAGUGGGAGACAUCGUGAAGGUCCUUAAUGGCCAGUAUCUUCCAGCUGACAUGGUCCUGUUCUCCUCCAGUGAACCUCAGGCAAUGUGCUAUGUUGAAACAGCUAAUCUAGAUGGGGAAACCAACCUUAAAAUACGUCAGGGUUUGAGUCACACUGCUGACAUGCAGACUCGAGAAGUGCUGAUGAAACUGGCUGGAACUAUAGAAUGUGAAGGGCCCAAUCGCCACCUCUAUGACUUCACUGGGACCUUGCACUUGGAUGGGAAAAGCCCUGUUGCCCUUGGGCCUGACCAGAUCUUAUUAAGAGGUACACAACUUAGAAAUACUCAGUGGGUCUUUGGCAUUGUUGUUUAUACUGGACAUGACACCAAACUCAUGCAGAAUUCUACCAAAGCACCUCUCAAAAGAUCAAAUGUUGAGAAAGUAACUAAUGUGCAAAUCCUGGUUUUGUUUGGCAUCCUCUUGGUCAUGGCCUUGGUGAGCUCUGUGGGAGCCCUGUACUGGAAUGGGUCUCAUGAUGGCAAGAACUGGUAUAUCCAGAAGAUGGACACAAGCUCGGAUAAUUUUGGCUACAAUCUGUUGACGUUCAUCAUCUUAUACAACAAUCUCAUUCCCAUCAGUCUGCUGGUGACUCUUGAGGUUGUGAAAUACACUCAAGCCCUCUUUAUAAACUGGGACACAGAUAUGUAUUACAUAGGAAAUGAUACUCCUGCAAUGGCAAGGACGUCAAACCUUAAUGAAGAGCUUGGGCAGGUAAAAUAUCUGUUUUCUGACAAGACUGGAACUCUGACAUGCAACAUCAUGAACUUCAAGAAAUGCAGCAUUGCUGGGGUAACCUAUGGUCACUUCCCAGAACUGACACGAGAGCCAUCCUCAGAUGAUUUUUCUCGAAUGCCUCCACCCCCUAGUGAUUCCUGUGACUUUGAUGAUCCUAGGCUGUUGAAGAACAUUGAAGAUCAACAUCCCACAGCCCCUUGCAUUCAGGAGUUCCUCACCUUGCUGGCUGUGUGCCACACUGUGGUUCCUGAGAAGGAUGGAGACGAUAUCAUCUACCAGGCCUCUUCUCCAGAUGAGGCUGCUUUGGUGAAAGGAGCUAAGAAGCUGGGCUUUGUCUUCACAGGCAGAACACCAUAUUCGGUCAUCAUAGAAGCGAUGGGACAGGAGCAGACAUUUGGAAUCCUUAAUGUUUUGGAAUUUUCCAGUGACAGAAAAAGAAUGUCUGUAAUUGUUCGAACUCCAUCAGGACAACUGCGGCUCUAUUGUAAAGGCGCUGACAACGUCAUUUUUGAAAGACUUUCAAAAGACUCAAAGUACAUGGAGGAAACAUUGUGCCAUCUGGAGUAUUUUGCCACAGAAGGCUUGCGGACUCUUUGUGUGGCCUACGCUGAUCUCUCUGAGAAUGAGUAUGAGGAGUGGCUGAAAGUCUACCAGGAAGCCAGCAUCAUACUGAAAGACAGAGCUCAGCGCUUGGAAGAGUGUUAUGAGAUCAUUGAGAAGAAUUUACUAUUACUUGGAGCUACAGCCAUAGAAGAUCGCCUUCAGGCCGGCGUUCCAGAAACCAUUGCUACAUUGCUGAAAGCAGAAAUUAAAAUAUGGGUAUUGACAGGAGACAAACAAGAAACUGCAAUUAAUAUAGGAUAUUCCUGCCGAUUGGUAUCACAGAAUAUGGCUCUUAUCCUACUGAAGGAGGAUUCCUUGGAUGCAACCAGGGCAGCCAUCACUCAGCACUGCACAGAUCUUGGCAAUUUGCUAGGCAAAGAGAAUGACAUAGCACUCAUCAUCGAUGGUCAUACGCUGAAGUAUGCUCUGUCCUUUGAAGUCAGGAGAAGCUUCCUGGACUUGGCACUCUCAUGCAAAGCAGUCAUAUGCUGCAGAGUGUCUCCUCUGCAAAAGUCUGAGAUAGUGGAUGUGGUGAAGAAGCGGGUAAAGGCCAUCACUCUCGCCAUUGGAGAUGGCGCCAAUGAUGUCGGGAUGAUCCAAACAGCCCAUGUGGGUGUAGGGAUCAGUGGCAAUGAGGGCAUGCAGGCCACCAACAACUCAGAUUACGCCAUUGCACAGUUUUCCUACCUGGAGAAACUCCUUUUGGUCCAUGGAGCCUGGAGCUACAACCGGGUGACCAAGUGCAUACUAUACUGUUUCUAUAAGAAUGUGGUCCUCUACAUCAUUGAGCUUUGGUUCGCCUUUGUUAAUGGAUUUUCUGGACAGAUUUUGUUUGAGCGUUGGUGCAUCGGCUUGUACAAUGUGAUCUUCACUGCAUUGCCACCCUUCACAUUGGGAAUUUUUGAGAGGUCUUGCACUCAAGAGAGCAUGCUCAGGUUCCCACAGCUCUACAAAAUCACCCAGAAUGCUGAAGGCUUCAACACAAAGGUUUUCUGGGGUCACUGCAUCAAUGCCUUGGUCCACUCCCUCAUCCUCUUCUGGUUUCCAAUGAAAGCGCUGGAACACGACACUCCAUUGGCCAGUGGUCAUGCCACAGACUAUCUAUUUGUUGGAAAUAUUGUUUACACGUAUGUUGUGGUCACAGUUUGUCUAAAGGCUGGUUUGGAGACAACAGCGUGGACGAAAUUCAGUCACCUGGCAGUGUGGGGAAGCAUGUUGAUCUGGUUGGUGUUUUUUGGUGUCUACUCAACUAUCUGGCCUACUAUUCCCAUCGCUCCAGACAUGAAAGGACAGGCAACUAUGGUCCUGAGCUCUGCACACUUCUGGUUGGGAUUAUUUCUGGUUCCUACUGCAUGUCUGUUGGAAGAUGUGGCAUGGAGAGCGGCCAAGCACACUUGCAAGAAGACAUUGCUGGAGGAAGUGCAGGAGCUGGAAACCAAGUCCAGAGUGAUGGGAAGAGCAAUGCUACGGGACAGCAAUGGGAAGAGGAUGAACGAGAGAGACCGCCUGCUAAAGAGGCUCAGCAGGAAGACACCUCCAACCCUUUUCCGUGGUGGUUCCAUCCAGCAGUGUGUCUCACAUGGAUAUGCCUUUUCUCAAGAAGAGCAUGGAGCUGUAACUCAGGAAGAAAUAGUCCGGGCUUACGAUACCACCAAAAAGAAAUCAAGGAAGAAAUAAGACUGGACUGUUCCCCAUGGAGUCCCUGGGAAGAAAUGUGGUUGUUUGCUCACAGUGUUCAUAUGUCUUUGUCAGAAGAGACUGGCGGUGGCAGAAACAACCAGAAAACACAUUUCUGUGGCCUUAG